AGACUGGAGGUGUGCUUUAUAGCUGUGCAACUCUUUCUAGCUAUUUAAAUAAUUCUGUAAAAAGUUUAACUAAUAAUGCUUAAGGUUUUGUUGAAAAGCAGACUGUACUGAGAUUUUCUUAACAGGACAUUACACAAUGGCUACUACUGAGAAUGCAGAGUCAGGUUCACCAGAGAAUAAAGUGGAUCGUGGGACUGCUGAUCCAGAUGCUAAGUACCCAUUGAAAGUGCUGUACUGUGGAGUGUGCUCCCUGCCCAUUGAGUACUGCGAAUACAUGCCUGAGCCAGCCAAAUGCAAACAGUGGCUGGAGAAGAACUUUCCGGAUGUGUUUGCUAGAAUGACUCUUGAGAAUGCACCUAAGCAGGAAACAGGAAGUGGAGAGACGCCGGCUGCCGGAGAGGAAGAGGAGAAGAAGAAGCAGAAGAGAGGUGGAAGAGGUCAGAUCAAACAGAAAAAGAAGACCGUCCCCCAGAAAGUAACGAUAGCAAAAAUUCCACGCGCCAAGAAGAAAUUUGUAACACGAGUAUGUGGUCUGGCUACGUUUGACAUUGACCUCAAAGAGGCUCAGAGAUUCUUCGCUCAGAAAUUCUCCUGCGGUGCCUCGGUGACGGCGGAGGAUGAAAUCAUCAUUCAGGGGGACUUUACAGACGAAAUCAUAGACGUUAUUCAGGAGAAGUGGCCUGAGGUUGAUGAUGACAGCAUUGAUGACCUCGGAGAAGUCAAGAAGUGAAUACCCAAUGUGCACUUUUAUUGAUACGGACGCGCCGUGACACCGCAACCUGGCCAAAUGUACACAUUAAAAUUAAAAAUCAUUUUAUAUCCAUUUUAUUUACUGUACACCAGUCAUUGGACUUGGCCACAUCCUUGGCAAAAAAAAGUUUUUUUUUUCAGUUCUUGAUAGCUGCUUUUCUCUAUUGGUUGCCAAAGGUCUGGUAUGAUGUGAAUAUCUGAAACACUUCAUCAAGCAAACUGUGGGCCAAUAAAUUUCGGUCUAAUUCGCGUG